AUGAGACCUCUUUCGGGUAUUUGGGGUCGACAGAUCUGGCUAUCGUUGGGCACACGUUCACACAACCGUGCCUCCUCACCCAGACCGGCACCAAACAACCAGCACCUUCAGCCCGACAUCCGCCAAACAUCCUACACGUUCCUGUCCCUCCAAGCAAAUGCUGCAGGUUCAAAGGACGAGGCCCUGGCGGAUGCCCUGGCGGCGGCCCACGGACCACCUGCGUACGCAUAUGCAGAUGCCGUGCAUGAGCGUGUCGAAGAUGGGUUCGCCCGACUGGUCCAUCUUGCGUCGAACAAGGCCUCGUAUACCAGAUAG